AGCGCGUGGGUUUCUCCUCCCGUCAAUGGGGACGCCCGCGGAGCCUGCGGAAGGCCAUGCCUCCCGAUGUGAGGAGCUUGCGCUGGUGGCAAGCUCACCAAGCCCACAGCCCAGCGCGUCGGUCUUGCGGCUUCCCGUGAUUCGCGGAGUUGCUCCGCGCAAGGCGGCCAGGGCCCAACUCGCCAUCACGGUGACCACGGAGGUGGAGGAUGUGGAGCUGGCGGUGGAGCUGGCGGAGGGUGAAGCACAGGACGAAGGAGGCUUCCCAGCGCCUUUGCCCUGCGGCGUGGCCACCACGCGCCGCUUCUGCGGCAAGGAUGUCCUGGGGAGGCUGUGCGUGGCAGGCGUGCCGCCAGUCUCCUGAUGUUCUGAGACAAGAGCAAGACUGCGUUUGCGUGGAACUUGCCCAGGUGCCCUUUGGCGUGCAGGUGGAGGCGGGGCGCAGCUUCGUGGCGACGGAGGUGCGGCGCCGCACGCUCGCGCUGGGGGCGGAAGAGCUUGGCCUGGGCAGCGGGAUGGGCGCCACGGGGCGAGGCACCGCCGUGGACAUGUCCAUCUCCGAGGGACCCCAGGCUGUUCUGACCGUGAAUAUCCGGCGCGCCAAAAAGAAGGAGCUGACCAAGCUGGCUCAGCAACAGGCGCUGCAGACGGCCAUGGAGCGGGGCCGCUACAGCAGCCUUCUGGCACAGAUCGCUCGCGCGAAGACCCGGAAGGUGGAGGCAGCGAUGAUCGAGCAGGCGAACAGGGUCCUGAAGACCCUGCAGCCAAAGGAGGGCUCCUUCAUGACGCACAAGGAGUUGGCGCACCUCAUGAAGUGGCGCCGCGUCACCUGCCCCGACGGCGCUGCAGAAGCUUCGGUGCCUUGCGGGCUGGACGAGGCGUGCCCGUGCAAUGCGGGCUCCGCCCAGCCUGGGGAGCUUUGUUUGGUGAUGAACGAUGCCGUGGCUGUGGCGCUCAAAGACGUGGCGCCAAGUCAUAUGCCAGCGGACCAGUGGUUAUUUAAGGCCCUGGUGCAGGCCGCCUUGCAUGCGCCGGAAGGCUGCGUUUGGAAGUCAGGGGGCAAGUUCCUGCUCUCCAACGAGGAAAGGAACCAGUCUGCCAAUGCCAUCGUAGGCGUCCUGGAGCGCAACAACACUGAGAGUGAGGCUGGCAAGGGGGUGCGCGCACUCGUAUCCUUCACAGAACAGGAGUAUGGCUACCGUGUGACGGCGGUGCAGCUGAACUUUCACCCCAACCACAAGUCCUCGCACAAGCAGCACCGAGACAUCUAUGGCGCAGGGCAGAAGGGCGGCAUCAACUGCACUUGCAGCUUCAUGAAGUGCACCGGCACAGUUUGCUACUCGCUGGGCUCCAGUCGCCAAGUGCUGUGCGAGACCAUCACGGAUGCGCGAUCCAAAUACCAGACUUGCGGUGAGGAGUGCCAGGGCAUGAAGACCUACAAGUGGAUGCACAGCGGCAGCGCCAUGCACUUCAAUGCCCCAUGGAACAACAACCACACGCAUGGAAUUCCCCCGCUGGAUGAGCCAUGCGGCCCUCGGAUUUCAAUUGCUUUGCUUUGUGCUUAACGUCUCAUGGCGACGCAAUGACGCGCCAAAGUUUGCCUCGUCUGGAGGCUCUCGCGCCGAUUCACAAAGAUUUGUAUUGGGACGAUCUCUGCUCGUCUCAUGUUACGGCUCAGUGGGG